AUGCCCGACGAGUUCUGCGUACACUCGGGGGUCGAACUCCGCUUUGCCCCGACGGGUGUUAAGGCCCCUCCGAAGAGGAAGACCUGCCGGCGGCGCGUUUCUCCGCAUCUCGAAGCCACGUGCGAAGAGAUGCCCGACGAGUUCCGCGCUUCUGAAAAAGAAGCCAUGCGGCUGAAUGAACGCGGCGCGGCCGACGGGGCACGGCAGCAGGGGCAGCCCGACCCCCGCCCCGCUCCCCGGUGCGAAGAGAGGGCGGGCCGGCCGGAGGUGGCGCCUCUUCUCCUUCUCCUUCUUCUUGGCUCGCUCGCUCGCUCCCCGUCGCCUUUCGCCCGCGCCGCGCCCGGCUCCGCCCGCGCCCCCUCCGCGCCCAGCAUGGACGAGGCGGCGGCGGCCACGGCAGCCCCGCGCCCGCCGGAAGCCUGCCGCAACCGCACGGGCCUGCUGCGCUCGGGCCAGAGCCCGGCCUCGGCGGCCGUCAUGUUCUCGGCCGGCGUGCUGGGCAACCUGACGGCGCUGGCGCUGCUGCUGCUGGCGCGGCGCCGCCGCCGGGCGCGCCGGGCGCGGCUGGCGCCCUUCCACGUGCUCUCGAUGGCGCUGGUGCUGACCGACCUGCUGGGCACCUGCCUGCUGAGCCCGGUGGUGCUGGCGGCCUACGCGCGGGACCGGCGGCUCUGGCGGCUGGCGGCGGGCGGCCGCGUGUGCCGCUACUUCGCCUUCGCCAUGAGCUUCUUCGGCCUGGCCACCACGGGCUGCCUGGGCGCCAUGGCGCUGGAGCGCGGCCUGGCCCUGGGCGCGCCCUACCUCUACCAGCGGCUGCUGCGCGGCCGGCCCGUGGCGCUGCUGCUGGGCGCGCUGCUGCCGGCCCUCUACGGCCUGGCCGCCGCCUUCUGCGCGCUGCCGCUGCUGGGCUUCGGCCGCUACGUCCAGUACCCGCCCGGCACGUGGUGCUUCAUCCAGAUGCGCCUGCCGCGCCCGGGCGAGCCGCCGGGCUGCGAGGGCGAAGCGCUGUCGGCCGAGCGCGGCGUCCUCGCCUUCUCGCUGCUCUACGCCUCGUUGCUGCUGCUGCUCGUCCUGGCCGUGCUGCUCUGCAACCUCGUGGUCGGCGUCAACCUGGUCCGCAUGCAUCGGCGCGGCCAGCCCGCCCGACGCGUGGCCGCCGCCGCCGCCGCCUCGUGCUCGCCCGGCGCGCAGCGGCGCCCGCUCCGCCCGCUGGAGGCGCCCCACGGCCCCAGGGGCGCCCGGAGGCCGCUGUCGUUGCCCAAGGAGCUGGAGCACCUGGUCCUGCUCUCCAUCAUGACCAUCACCUUCGUCGUGUGCUCCUUGCCUUUCACGAUCCGUGCCUUCGUUAACUCUUUUUGGCCCAAUGGAGAUUUCGAGAAGGACCUUGAGGCGUUGCGGUUCCUGUCCGCGAAUUCCAUCAUUGACCCCUGGGUGUUUACCAUCCUGCGCCCCUCCGUCCUCCGGCUGCUGUGGUCCGUGCUGUGCUGCCGGGGGGGCUUCAAGUCACGGACUAAGAAGUCGACCUCCCCUCUUGCCAAAUCGAAGCCUGUUGGAGAGAUUGCCAGUGGCAGGCAGUAG